CCCUCCCAGAGCUGUCACACUGUGGGGAGGACAGAUAGGCAUAUAUAUGACCACAGCCCACUGAUAGACACACACUUGUUAUCAAGGGGACACAUGAAGAGGUGUCUCUCACUGCCUGGAGGGUCAAAGGGCAAGGGUCUUGAGGACCUAGGAUAAUCCAAGCCAUACCUCAAGAGUGGCAUUUUGCAGAUGGAGGAAUGAGGGAAGGGCAUUCUAAAGAGAGAGAGAGAGAGCAAGUAGGAAAUUGUGCAGAGGGCCAAUUCAUGGCAUGAUAGGAAUUUCCAAAAGUAGGGACAGGGAGGGUAUGGUCUCCCGGAAGCCCUUGCCAAUGGACUUUGGACUUGAUUCUGUAGAUCAGUAUUCUUUGAAAGACUCUCUAGGGGUAGGGCACCCAAUCUUCAUUCAACAGCCUGCCCUGAUAUUCUUUGAAGGCAUUGCUGCAGGUAUCUGGGGUACCACUGAAGGUUUUUAAGUGGAGGAGUGUUGUGAUCAGAUAGACCUGUGGUAACCCCAGCAACUGACAGCAGAGAGGAUGGAUUAGAGGGGGAUCUGUCAGAGGCAGGACAAUCCUCCAGGAGGCUACUGCAGUCCCCAAACAACAGAUGGUGAGGGCCUGAAUUAGGGCAGUGGAAGUGGGAAUUGAGCCCAUGUUUUUAUUUGAGGAUAUGUCACUGUCAGGAAUAUACGGGAUACAUGAUCUGCGGGCUCUCUGGCCAGGGACCUAGAGGUUACGAGCCAAAGGUGCAGCCCCUUACUGGGACCAGAGACCAUUUCCAUUCAGAUAGGCUGGGACUUCCAUUAGGUGCGAAGCAGAUGUAGUCCUGUGGACACUGCACCUUCUGACUUUAGGAUUGCUGAAGGGCAUGUGUCUGUAAAGAGAGCCAUGUGAGAGCCCGAUGCUGUCCAUCUAAUUGGGAGCCUGUCAUGCGUCUCCGUAUAAAGGUUGCAUUCACAGGAGCGGAUGAGCAUAUUGAAGUUUAGUUUUCAUUAUCUUAAUUUCUCCAUUGUGUUCUGGAAGUUCUAAAUGGAAGCAGAAUAAAAGAAGGCAGAGAAGAGAGAAAACCAUGGCAAGAAGAAGUGAAGACUUUUUCCUGCCGUUCACCUGUGUGUGUGUCUGUGUGUAUGUUUGUAUGUAUAUGGUGGCGGUGAUGACAGGGGUGGCACUUUUGUGCUUAGAUCCCUAUUCCUGAACUUUUUCUCUCUGAUGACAUUCUUUUUUUAAGUUACUGUUUCUAGAAUAAAGACUUAGAAGCACCAGAAUAUAGUACUGGUAUGCUCAGGCUGAAGGGGACAUGGUAAAAUGGCAGGUAUAUGUGAUUCAUUUUUGGUGUUUUCGUGGAUCCCUUCAUCACUGGGUUACUGCUUUAUGAAAGGGAGCGUGGAGGUUACAAAUGUGAGACUCAGUCCCUGCCACAAGAGUUUAAAGUAUAGUUGGCAAGCACCUGCAAGUGAAAUUGUAGUGUAACAUGUACAAUAUAAGAGUACAAGAGAGGUAAAAAUAAAGGGCUAUGAGGAUUCAAAGUAGGGAGAAGUCACUUCUCUCAUUGCUUCUUUUCGUGCUUCCUUGUUAGAUCCUCUUCCUUUGCCUAAUCUCGCACCAUUAGAAGUUACCCAGAGCUCGGUCCCACACCCUCUUCCCGUUUCACUUUACACUCUUAACUGGGAUAAUGGCAUCCUAACGGUCAUCUGCUGAUGAUUUUCAAAUGUUUAUUUCUAGACUAGGACUUUUUCUUUGUUCCAGACCCAUGUACCUAAUUGCCUACUGGACAGCUCACUGGCAUCUCAAAUUUAAUAUAUACAAAGGUGAAAUCCUUCCUUGCCCAUCCCCUCAUCUCAAAUCUGCCCUUCUUUUUUGUGGUCUUUCCCCAUCUUAAUGAAGGGAACCUCCAUCUAGCUAGUUGUUCAAGCCAGAAACCUAGUAAUCACCCCUGAUUUUUUCUCUCCAUUGCCCCUCCCAGCCCAUCUUUCACCAAGUCCUAUUGAUGCUCCCUCCCUAACAUGUCAGAUCUCUGCCUUCUCUUCAUCUCCCCUGCCAGCAGCCUUGCUCCAGGUCACAAACUUCCUCAUAUUUACCUGUUCUUCCCUUGGCCCCCGACAGUUUUUCUGUGUAACAGCCCAAGUGUUCUUUUUAAAAAGUAAAUUGGAUCGUGUCACUUUGCUACUUCAGACUCCAUAGUGGCUUCCAUAGCAUGAAGGGUAAAAUCUACCCUCCUUGUGCUGUGGUUUUCAGGACUUAGCAUGGGUUCUAUGUCCUCAUGCCUCAUCCCAGGCUCAUCUCCUGCUACUCCCAGGCUUCCAGGCUCCUCAGGGCCUGUGUUCUCAUCCUACCUGCUGCUUCCUGUGCCCCAGAGUCCCUUUCUCCCAUGCUUCACCUACCCAACGCCACCCAACCUCUUCAGAUCGUUGCCUAGAAGUCACUUCCAGGAUGCCUCCCCAUACCUAAAUUAGGUCCUCCGUAUUUGUUCAUAGUACCUUCUACCUUUGCUUCAUGACUGUGGUUGUUGUUCAGUGCUGUCGAGUCAAUUUGCAACUCCUCGUGACCCCAUGUGAUAGGGCAGAACUGCCCCAUAGGGUUUUCUUGGCUGUAAUCUUUAUGGAAGCAGAUCACCAGGUCUUUCCUCUGCAGAGCUGCUGUGCGGGUUCAGACCAGCAACCUUUCAGUUAGCAGCCAAGUGCUUAACUGUUGCACCAUGAGGAAUCCUUUCAUGACUUUUCGAGUUUGUAAUUUUUUAUUUGUGUGAUUUGUGUGUGUGUGUGUGUGUGUGUUUAGUGUUCUUCUCCACUACUAGCCUGUAAGCUCCUUCAAGGCAAGGACUGUGUUUUGUUCAUCAUUAAUCCCCGGUACUCCUAGCAUCACACUGGCAUUUAUUUAGUAGGUGCUCGAUACUUUUUUUUUAAGAAUGACCAUGUCAUUUUGCUAACUGAGACUGUUGUAGUCUGGGGACUCAGGAUCAUCCCCAGUACCAGCCUUCUCCCACUUCUGGAAAUCCUGUGCUUUCUUUCUAGCAAGCUGGCUUUGGUUUAAAAUGUACACCUGAGCUCUUUGUUUUCUAGAAGAAGGUUUUAAUCAGCAUGGUAUCUUACCCCAAUGAUUGAAGGCUCCUCCCAUUGCCUUCAGCACUCAAUAAAACUUAAAAAAUGAACCCCAAAAAACUUAUAAAACCAUUUUUACAUAUUGUCUACCUUGUUUUAUUUGUAGCACGUAGGCCCCCUGGAGGGUGAAAGUUAAGAUGUUUCCUUUGGUGUCUUUCCCCUGAGAUCCUUAGAACACCAAGCCUCUUGGUUUUGGUAUUUUGUCAUUUUUCUUUAUUACUGCUUUUUGGUGUGAAAAGUGUGUGAGGAUAGUGGGAGAAUAUCCUCUAGAGCUGUGAUCAGGCCCUGCCUGCGUGUAAAUCAUCUAGUAUUAUGGAGAUAAUUUGACAGUAGUGUUUGGGGAAGACCUGACUUUGGCUUCAGAAACAUCUGGGGAACUCACCCUGGACACCUAGUCAGACCUCUAGCAUUCCCUGUACGCUGGAGAAGGGUUUUCAUAGGGGUUUAUGUCCUAGACUCUUAGCCUAUGGGGUAGGCCCAGAAAAUGCUGUGAGGGGCCUCUGCUCUCCUCGAGUGCAUCGCGCAUCACGCCACGGGACACAGAUCAUCAGGAAGCGCAUAGCAGCGCAGGGCUGGGAGUGAGUGCGGACCUUUCAUUGCCUGCUUUGUAUGGUGAAAUUUGUAUGGGUGAGAUCUAGUUCAUCCCUGAGCCUAUGUCAGUCAUUUAUUGAAUAGGCACAGCACUAGGCGCCGAGAUCAUAAACGUGAAUGAUGCUGUCCCUUCACGUUUCUCUCAGACUUUAAUGGGAGACAGACAUGCAGGCACAUCACCUGAUAUAAUUAUAUGUAGAGGAGUGAAUGAGAGAAGGCUGGUGACAGGGCUGUUUCUAAACAUCUUUUUUCCCAUGGAUAGUAGGCUAAUGGUAGGGUUUGUGAAGGGUGUGGAAAGUGAGCAUUGUGGAAGCUGGCAGGACCAGUCCUGACUUGAGAGAAGUGCACAGGCUUUUUAGGCGCCUGGCUCCCUGGGCCCCAUUCAGCAUGGACACCAGGAGAGCUGUGACCAUAGUACUCUGUGGUGCCGUCCCAGCUGCCCUGGCUUUGGUGGCAGGGACAGUGUCUUGGAAUCUUUGGCAUUGUCACUAAUGUUUGGCAGCGUUUUCAUCAGCUACCUCCAUGUCCGAGCAGUUGGGUUGCUGAUUCCAGGGAUAAGAUCUUUUGGGGUAGCACAGGCCAGCAUGUACAGGAAAGGGAGGCGCUGCAUAAUUGGGGCAGCGUCCAGCAUGUGGGGAAGAAUGAGGGCUCUAGCUCUGUGUCUAGAGCGUUUCGCCUUCUGUUAAACCUUUGCUUCCGUUGAGGAGCCCCUGGACUGACCUUCUGGGUGCUUCCUUACAAGGCGAGCUCUGGGGCCCAAGAUUAUUGCUGUGUCCAGGGAAUUCUGUGCAUUUGAGACCACUGGCUGCCUUUACCAAAAACAAACAAAAGCCCUACUAUUCCAGGUGUUAUGGGAAACCCCAAGGAACUAUUGUCUGAAUUCCUUGGCUGUGCUGACAUUUCAGACUAUGAAAUGUUGUGUGGAAUGAGCCAUUGAUUAGAUUUAGAAAUCUUGUUAUUUUUUAUUUUUUAAUUUUAAUACAGGUGUGUUUCUGCUUCAAGUAGUUCUGAUGUAGAAUAAUGUAGAUCUACCUUCCACUCAAAGUAAAACACACACAUUUGUUUUUCAAAGGAUUCUUUAUAGGUUUCAUAGAUCUAGAACAUUAAAGGCUGAACAGGAUCUCGUUGGUGGUGGUGUUGUGUGCCAUCAGGUUGAUUCCGAUUCAUAGUGACCCUAUGGGGCAGAGUAGAACUGCCCCUAGGCUGUAAUCUUCACAGGAGCAGAUCACCAGGUCUUUUCUUCCAAGGAACCACUGGUGGCUCGAACUGCCAACCUUUCAGUCAGCAGCUCAUUGCUUAACUUGUUCGCCACCAGGGCUCCAUAGGAUCUCCUUAGAGAUAGUCCAUUAAGUCCAGUUAUUCAUUCAACAGAUGUUUACAGUUGUGAUAGAUAGGCGAACAAAGGAGAAGAAAUCUCUUUCCUUAUAGGGCUUCCAUGCUGGUGGAAAUUCCAUGCUUCCUAGAGGUGAAGUGAGUGCUCGGAGUUCCUCUGUCAGGUGGUGGCAGAGCUGGUCUAGAAUUUAGAUCUUCUGACUUUUGGAACAGGGCUCUCUCUGUUUUAUCAUGUGCACAUUUAGGUGCACAUAUUCGAGGAUUCCCCCAUUUGGUAAAGUAAGACAUACUCAGGUAAACAUCUCUAUUUUUCAGUGCCAUGUGGAUUUAUCUGAGAGACCUAAGAGCCUGCUCACACCCACAGGCUGUGAAGGGCCAAGUUCCCCAGGGCUGCUGGGCAGCAUGGUAGAGGGGUGCAGAACCCACGAAGGACUCCCCCCUGCCCAAUUCUGUAGCUGUUGCCCCUGGGGCUGUUUUCUUGUCAGUUCAGAGAGUAGCAAGCCCUUGAGCAGUGGUGAGGGCCUUUUCCACAGUGGUUGGCCAUGCAAGACCACACUGCAGUGGGAGCCAGUCAGCAGUGUCAGGGAAUCUUGGGUGGUACUUAGGUUCCCUGCCCAGCCCUAGCCACGGACUUUUAGCACUGGCUAAAGUUCUCCAGGAAGGAGCAGUGGUGGCAUAGCCGUUAAGCGUUCAGCUGCUAACCAAAAGGUUGGCGUUUUGAACCUGCUAGCUGUUCUGCAGGAAAAAGAUGUGGCAGUCUAUUUCUUUAAAGAUUUCAGCCUUGGAAACCCUUUGGGGCAGCACUAUUCUGUCUUAAGAGUCUCUAUGAGUCAGAGUUGACUCCACAGCAGUGGGUUUUUUUUUUUUUUUAAGCUCUCUGAACAACCCAGGUGGCAGAGUGGUUUAGAGCUCGGCUGCUAACCAAAAAGUCAGCAGGUUGAAUCCACCAGCUGCUCCUUGGAAACCCUAUGGGGCAAUACUGCUCUGUCCUGUAGGGUCACUAUGAGCUGAAAUCAACUCGAUGGCAACUGGUUUGGUUUUGGUUUUUUGCCAAACAACACUGGGCCCUGAGCACAUUAGCCAGGCCAGGUGAGUGAGCUUCCUGCAGCACCUUCAUCUUGGACCCUUUGUGCCUAUGUAAACUAACACUGGUGAUUUUUUUUCCUACGUCUCUAGCUAUCCAAAUUUCCUUUGUUACAUAAUGAGGAUUAAUUUAAGCAGGCUGGUCCAUUCAGUCAGAAAUGAUGAGUAAAGAAAGGUGAGUGUAUGGGGGUGAGAGGGACAGGCACCCUUAUGAGGCCACUGUGGGCAAGUCCCUUUCCUUUUCUGGGCCCUUUCUGAGGGAAAGCAAAGCUGAAUGGUUGUUCAGAUGUCUUCUACUGUCAGUGUACAGUAAUUAUGGGUGGGCUUGCUUCUAACCAGAGUUCUUGGGUAGUGCAAACAGUUAAACGCUCAGCUGCUAACCAAAAUCUUGGCAGCUUGAACCCACUGAGAGGUGCCUUGGAAGAGAGACCUGGAGAUCUGCUUCUGAAAGGUCAGAGCCUUGAAAACCCUAUGGAGCUCAGUUCUAUACUGACAUACAUGGGGUUGUCAUGAGUCAGAACUGACGACAACAGGUUUGCUUUUGGUUUGAUUUUCUUCCUCCUACGGAACGAGAAUUGUAUAAAGGAAUUAGAGUAAAAAUAACAUCUUCCUAGGAAUUUGCUGUUCACCCGAAACAGCAAGGCAGCUGUAUGCUAGACACCAUGCAAAGGGUUUUUCGUCCAUUAUUUCUUUUAAUCGUCACAGAAACCUGAAGAUGUAGGCACUGUUUUGUAGGCACUGUUUUGUAGGCACAUUUACAGAUUAGGAAACAGGCUCAGAGAGAUUAAGUAACUUGCUGAGGGUGACACAGGGAGGAAGUGGCAGAGCUGGGACUUAGACACAGGUGGGGCUCAGAGCCUGGACAGCUGACCACUGCAUUGUUUAGCUGGCCUGCGUGGGUCUGGAGUCCAGCGGGAACUGGGAGGGCAUCUUUGUCACGCAAUCUUAACUAAUCAGAGGUGGUCAGAGUAGGGCUUCAUUCCUUCCCCUUCUUUGUGAGGAUGUGGGAACUGUGGCUUGGUGUCCAGAUGCCCCCAGUUGGUAACUUUUUUAUGGGACCUAGAGAUCCAUUGUGUGGUUUAUGAUCUGUCCUGUUCUAGAGUCUAAUGUGAUUAAUUUCAAACUCUUUAAUGAGAAAGGGUUUUUAUGCAAAACAUUGUGCUAAACAGCCAUUUGUCUGCAUGCAGGGGGAAACACCCACACCUUAGGCAAGAUUAAGCUGGUUUUGGUGGGUGUUUGUAAUGAGAUUUUAACCCAUUUAUAUUUACAUAGGUGGUGGUCCUCCCCCUUCCGGGCAGUGAACAUAUUGGAGCCUCUCUUAAAAAUAAUUAUAAUAAUAAACAUUUAUUGAACAUCUACUGCACUGUACUAGGUGAUGGAUGUACCUAAGUUUUCUCAUUUUUUCACCUGAGGAAGCAUGUGGUUUAAGGGUUUUUAUACCUAGUAAAGUUCAGAAAAGUUAAUAACUUCACCAAGUUCAUACAACUAAAAACUAGAACAGAAUUUUGAUUGUGAGACCUUUGAGGACGGGGCUGUCCCUGCCUGCUUAGUUCUUAAUGAUGUCUGGCAUAGAGUAGAGGCUCAGUAUGUAAUUGUUCAGUGAACGAAUGAACUUCAGACUCCAUUCUCUCAGUCUUGCCCUGCCAUCCUGGGCCGUGUUGAGAAGGGAUGCUUGCCUUACACACGAGGUCUCCCUUUUGAUCCCCUCCUCCAGUCCCCUUGGCCCCCACAUCCCACCUCCAUUCCUGUUGCAUUUAGACCUCUUACUAGUCUAGUUUCUCCAAUUAGAACAUAAGUACCUUAUGGGCAGAGGCUGCCUCUGAGCAUUGGGUGGGUGGUUGACUAGGUUUCUGUGAUUGGAGUUUUCGGCAAAUUAUGGGCAAAGGCUGGGUGGACUAGGAUCUGGGAGUCAGGUGGGCAGGGCCAAGUCUCAUCCAUGCUGGGAGCUCAGGCCAGCCAGGACUAUGUCCCCAUUUGCAGAAUGAAGUGGGGCGAGGGUAGAUGGGUGUUAGAACUCAGUAAUCAAAAAAAACUCAUAGGGAGCCCCAACAUACCAAAGAGAUGAUGGCAGACCUGUUGUGGCUGAAGUGGGGAGCAGAGACCAGGGCCCGUCUUCUGUCCCACGCACAGUAGGUAUUCUGGUGUUUUAUGGUGAGUCGAUGUGUUUCGAGGGGGCUUUGUUGUGGACUCAAUUAAAUUUAUUCUUCGAUGUGAUGUUAUGAUGCUUCCUUCAGGAGUUUACCUACACACCAGGAAAAUAAAAAGCUUUCGAGGAUGAGGUGUUUCUGCAGUUCUGCAUGUGGCAUCUUGUCCCUACUUGUAAGUGGGAUGUUUAUAAGCCGAUGAUAUAGACAAGGGCUGGCCGAGUUAGUGGUAGGACCUAGUUAGUCCACGCCACAGCAGUGAAUUAAAUUCUUCCUUGAAAGCAGUCUGGCCUUCGGAAUAUUUCAGUCUUAGCCUUUGACUAGUGAUGGGAACGCUAGGUUUUCAUCUAUCGAGAUAACCCUCCUGCCCGCAACAUUUGCCAGACAAAUGGUUUGAACUCUUUUCCAGGAGAGAGAAUGGGUUUGUAUCACACCAGUCAGUAUUAUCCAGUUCUGCUUAGAACCAGUGGUCACACUAAUUGCCAAGAUUGUGGGACAGAGUGAAGUCCCAUGACCUUCAUGGGACUGGGAUCAUGACUGCCUGUAAGUAUAAACCAGUUACCAUUGAGUUGACUCUGACUCAUGGCGACCCGUGUGUAUGUCAGAGUGGAACUGUUCCAUAGGGUUUUCAGUGGCUGCAUUUUCAGAAGUAGAUCAGCAGGCCUUUCUUCUGAGGUGCUUCUGGGCAGACUCAAACCACCAACCUUUUGGAUAGCAGCUGAGCAUGUUAACUGUUUGCAAUACCACGAACUCCGCUUACACGAAUGCAGAGUCUGCAUCCAGAUCCCAAAGCCCAGUACACAAGUGUAUAUGGAGCCCUGAAGAAAAUUGUUCGGACUGAAGGCUUCUGGAGGCCGUUGCGAGGCAUCAACGUGAUGGUGACAGGCGCGGGGCCUGCCCACGCCAUGUAUUUUGCCUGCUAUGAGAACAUGAAAAGGACUUUAAAUGACGUUUUCCACCACCAAGGAAACAGCCACCUAGCCAAUGGGAUAGCUGGGAGUAUGGCCACCCUGCUCCACGAUGCGGUAAUGAAUCCAGCAGAAGUUGUGAAGCAACGCAUGCAGAUGUACAACUCGCCCCACCGGUCAGCCCUCAGCUGCAUCCGGACAGUGUGGAGGACUGAGGGGUUGGGGGCCUUCUACCGGAGUUACACCACGCAGCUGACCAUGAACAUUCCCUUCCAGUCCAUCCAUUUCAUCACCUACGAGUUCCUGCAGGAGCAGGUCAACCCUCAUCGCGAGUACAACCCGCAGUCUCACAUUAUCUCAGGAGGGCUGGCGGGGGCCAUUGCUGCGGCUGCCACCACCCCCCUCGACGUCUGUAAGACCCUCCUCAACACUCAGGAACAUGUGGCUCUCUCCCUGGCCAACGUCAGCGGUCGCCUGUCGGGCAUGGCCAAUGCCUUCCGGACAGUGUACCAGCUCAAUGGCCUGCCCGGCUACUUCAAAGGCGUGCAGGCACGUGUCAUCUACCAGAUGCCAUCCACCGCCAUUUCUUGGUCCGUCUAUGAGUUUUUCAAGUACUUCCUCACGAAGCACAAGCUGGAGAAUCGAACUCCAUACUAAAGGAACAGACAGUGGGAAGUGAUUCCAGAAUCUUUUAUUUUUACAAGGCUUUCCCUGCCUGCUUCCAUUCCCUUGUCCUCACACCAAGAUUAUUUUUGCAGGGUGGUCACUAUGGGCCUUCUGCUUCCUGCUGCCUUAGAAAAAGGGGGAGGACGAGAUGGCGGCCUACCCAAAGGCUGUCCGCAGGGAGGCGCGAGGUGGUGCUUGUCGGGGAGAGACCUUACAAGGGGAGGAGAAAUGACUUUUUCUCUUCUUCCCGACGAGGGAUGUAGCUUUUCUGCUUCACUGUCACAGUCUCCUCUCCAGAAUCUUAGAACACAGAGGAGGGAAGAACAUGUGCAGUGACUGAAAACAUUAAAGACAAAUUUUAUGUAUAUAAAAGUUCCAGGACACAGUAUGAAAUAGAUGGAUAAUGUUUAUCCUUUAUUUUUCUAUGUAGAAGUUUUUGAAUUCGGGUGUGUGCCUGUGCGUGUGUACAAAUAGUAUUACAGCUGCGAAUAUACAGCUGUUUAAAAAAAAAAAUAGAGGGCUAAAUUCUUCCAUCAGGUUAAGUAAAAAGGCACCAGAGUAACUGGAUUAAAAUUUGUUUAGCCCCCAGAUGGGAGUUUCACUUGAAUGUAAAAUAAUAAAUAUUAAGUUUAUAUUUUGAAUUUCUCUUUUCAUGAAAGAAAAAAGGGUACGUUGAAAAAAAUCAAAAUAAUGAUGUAUUACUUCCAGCUACUUCUCUUCCGUUCCCCCCCGCCCGCCCUUUAUUCAGUCACUCACCUUCAUGUGCUUUUUCUCUUUGUCCUCCCUAAAAAUUCCAGGACCGAAGAUAAAGCCCUGGAGCGUUCUGUCCUUCUGUAUACACACACGCACACACUCUGGGUGGCAGAACCGUAACGCUGUAGGACAUUGGCCCCCAGUAUGAUUGUUACCGGUCUUGUGCCUAUGGAGGCCUUCCCUGGGUUGUGAAUGACAUGAACCCAUGUCUCCUGGGUUGGCACUUAUUAAGACCUUGAAAUACAAUCCUUCGGCUACUUGUUGUGCAGGUAGUUGGGAUAAAUCCUGUCUUAAUUCUUAAUGUAUUUCUUCAUCAACCUUUAACAGAGGUACUUCGGGCAUCAUUUCCUAUCUGUGCUUUGGCUAACUCUCCUCUUUUGUUUUCCUGUACAGUCGGGGUUUUUAAAACAUAGUAAGCGUAUCUAUGGUGUGCGUCUACACUCCUGCCCUGUCCUGAUCAUUACUUCCCUGUCACAGAGCCUCUUACCUGUGUAGUGGCAGAAGCCAGCAGGCCCUUUAGCCUUGGCCUAAUUGCUGAAGCCUGACUCAGACCCUCAUGGAAAAGGGCACCGUUCGGACCCAUUCUUCAGCCUCAUUAGGUCCAUGUCACCUAAGAACAUAAGGCGUAACUGCUUUGUUUUCUGAAAUGGUGUGUCCCAAGUCAGAUGAUCCCUAAGAGAAAAUAUAAGCCUGUUCCCUCUAGCUAUGCCAUCUGAAUUGCUGCCAGACCACUGCCUAUGGGAAGACUGAAUGACAACAGUUUCCUUUUAUGAGCCCUCACCAGAGUCUGUCUUUAAAAAUGAGCAAGAAGCACCUGUGUGUUCUCAUUUUGGUGGGCUUGAGUGGGGGAAGUUCGUGGUGGCCAGGACCUUCGGCUGCAGGCCCCGCCAAAGCCGUGCAUCUUGCUGAGGCUCAGGCCUGGGCUUCUUUGGGUAGUGUUACUUCCAGGGUAGAGCUCAGGUUGCACUCGGAGAGUUUUUGUCUUGGGACCAUGCACACAGUACCUCCAGUAGCUUUUGUUUUUGUUUCUGUUCUAAUAGUUACGAGAAAUUUUAUUAAAACAACAGGUAAUUUGACUUCCUUUUUCAGAUCAAGGACAGGAGAGUGCUGACACAUGGUGUCCCUCCCACAUGCACCCCAUGAGCAGGGCCUGGCUGCUGUGCAGCCCCACCCUGGACCCAUGCCCCAGAGGAAACCAGUUGCAGUAUGCACUGUCCCCCUCUGGGAUGCAAAAAGCCCCUGGAGACCAUGCUGCUGCUAAAAAUGGUUUGUACCUGUCCUCCAUUCAUGUCUUGGGCUAGUGCUACAUUCUGGGAAUAAAGGAAAAAGUCAGAUCAAAUUUUUUAAAGAUUAUCCAACCCCACGUUUAGUCUACUUAAAUGUGGUGAUGCUGCACUGCUGCAAAAUCUUCCUUGUUUCAGGAUUUUGCUUUAGAUGGUAUCUAGAAAAGAAAACGCUCACUUGUCUGGAAAAGCUACCAUUGUUAGGGGCAUACAAGAAGGAGAGGCAGGAACUGGAUUUCAGAGUUAUGUGGGCUGGGAGUCAGAAGGUCUGGUCUUGGCUUCCCUCUUGCUGUGUGGCGAGGGACCGAUCUUCUGUGGAAUAGGUGACACCACUGCUCUGCCUGCCUUCUGAGUGGUUGUGAGGUUGAAUGAGUAUUGUAUCUAAAGAUACUUUGGAAGCGGUAUAGCGCUAAAUGGAUAUAAGUGGUCGUUCAUUUUGCAGGAGUGAGUUUUCCACUUAGUCUUAGCUCUGAAGUUUGAAUUGUCUGAUGCAGACUGCAGUCCAGUUGUUGAUUGUGACUUUGACGCUGUGAGGUGCUAAAUAGGAAAAUGCUUUUCCUCUCCCCAACGAUGACCAUAUAAUCAUGGCGUGUACUUGGUUAUUAUUGCCUUUUGAGUGACAUCUGCGGCCAAGCAGUGCCACAUGAGUACAGUCGUUUUGUUGUUAGUUGUUGUCAAGUCAGCUCUGACUCAUGGCAACCCCAGGUACAACAGAAUGAAACAUUGCCCAGUCCUGUGUCAUCUUCAUGAGUACAAUACUCUUUUUAAUAGCGGGUAUGUGUGUGUGUGUGUGCUCGCUCUUCUCCUCAGACCAUGAUUUAAGGUCAGCCACUUAUAAAUCAGAGUUUUACUUUCAUUUUAGUACUUAAAAAUAAUUUUUUUUCAAAUGGGAUAAAUCUUCAGAUCACGACUUCCUGUUUUCUUAACUUUGGAUUGAAUUUAGUGACCUACAUCCUAUGUGUGGUUUCUGUUUCUUUUCUUCUUCUUCUUUUUUUUUUUAAUGUUUGUGUCUUAUUCCAAGUGCUGUACUCCAAAGUUCCCUGAAGGCGCAUCUCCAACACAUUGCUAUGCCAAUGAGGUUUUAUUUAACUUUAUUUAAGGAUGGUUGUGCCUGUGAAAUACAAAUGUACUGCUGCUUUCUAUCUGCAAGACGCACAAUGUAUGUGAUAGGGGUAGGGCAGUGUUAUUUCCUAAAUGCCUAUAGUAAAUAUCAUUGUUUCGGCCUCUGAAUUGCCAGCUCUUUGAAGAAGGGGAGAAAUGUGUGUUUAUGUGGGGGGAAUUUAUCUCUGAUGUGCUGCUACAGUUGUAUAACACUGGAGCUAGAGAAAAUAAAGCAUUGAUCUUUGAAGUGUCCUGGACUCUGUGGUGGGAAUGUUGAAAUUACAGCUGUGUGGAUGGAAAAAGGGACCUCAUUUAUGGGGCUGUCUCUUUUCCAGUCUCACACAUUAACGAUCAGAAUCCCUAGCUUUGGUAGGAACUACUCUUCCAACCCGCUUACCAGAAGGGAAGCACACCGCCUCCUUGGCCACCCAGAGACAUAGUUUCAUGCCAGGGCCAGGCUGGGAGCCUCUUGGGUGACUUCUCACCAUGCAGGGCAGGGGGGUGGGUUUCUUUCUUGGUGGAGGGCAUGUCUUAGUUUCCUAGGGCUGCCAUAACAAAAUACUACAAAGCAGGUGGCUUUAAAGAACAGAAAUUUAUUUUCUCACAGUUUUGUAAGCUAGAAGUUCAAAUUCAGGGUCUUGGCCAUAUUAAUUUCUUCUGAGGGCUCAGAGAGAAACUGCUCCAUGCUUCUCCUAGCGGCUGCCAGCAUUAUUCAGGAGCCCUCUCAAGCACGUCAAAAAACAAAACAAAACUGUGGAAUUGACUGACUCAUGACGACUGCAUGUGUGUCAGAGUAGAACUGCACUCCAUAGGGAUUUCAGUGGUUGAUUUCUCAGAAGUAGAUCUCCAGGCUUUUUUUCCAAGGUGCCUCAGCAUGGACUUCCUGUCAGCAGCCGAGUGUGCUGACUGUUCGUACCACCCAGGGACUCCCUCAACAUGUCCACACUCUUCAAACUGCAGCCCUAGAGAGGGCAUGAAAGGAAGGUGUUCCCUCUGCUACUGAGCCAAGGUCUUCUUCCAGGAUAAGGUUUCCUCUAUGAGUUUCCAAACCCUCUUUAGGAGAGACUCCACUCCAGCCCACGUGAGUGGCCUGAGUGGGACUCACAUGACAGAGAAGAGUAUAAUAAACCCAGUGUUGUAUAAGAGAGACACACACAACUCCUGGGUGGGAGUGGAAGUGCGGUGUCAUUGCCGAAAGGGAAAUAAUUGUCUCUGGUCUAAGGCAGAAUGCAGCGGGUGCCCUAAGAGUAAUGAAUGCAAUUUCAGAGAAAGGAGCUUGGUUUGCAACAUAAGGACGUUAGGAGAUGCCCUAGUGCUAAGCCGGAAGAGCUCUGACUGCCAUGGAAGUUGCUGGACCAAGUGGGGAAGCUAGGAGGAGCAAAGGCAGAGCUGUCUGUGAUUUUCUGAAAGACUACUGAACCUGAACACAGCUUGGGAAAGUGAGGCCUGAGGAAAUGUGACCAGGAUAUGCAAACUAGCGAAUGGAGCACCUGAGCUAACUACAGGACCAGAAAGAAGCCAAGAACAAGGAGCGUAAAGUUUACCUGGUCUAUUGAAUAGGUGUCAUCACUGACAUACAUCACUAAGCACCAAGCUGAGACAAAGGCCACUUCCUCUUUCUCAUGGUGUUGCUGUUUGCACUUGACAUCAGGGCAUUCAGAGGCUGGCAGGCUAACCAAAAGGCUGGAAGUUUGUGUCCACCCAGAAGUCCCUCAGAAGGAAGGCCUGGUGAUCUACUUUGGAAGAGUCAGCCACCGAAAACCCUUGGGAGCAUAGUUCUAAUCUGACACACAUGGGAUCACCAUCAGUUGGAUUUUAUGGAAUGCCCAGGGCUAUCAGGGCUACCAACAAGGAGGAAAUCCACAUGGCCAAGACACUGAUUUGGACUUUCAGCCUACAGAACUGUGAGAAAAAAAUUUCUGUUCUUUAAAGCCACCCACUUUGGUAUUUAUGUUACAGCAGCACUCGGUAAGUAAGGCCCUGAACUGAUCUUGACCCUAAGGCAACAACAAUCAAAAAAUUUGCUGUAGAAGGCCCCCUAAGUGAGAAGGCUAUACAUGCAUAAAUUUUUUUUUUAUAGCCUUCUUGAAUUCAUGUACUUUAAUGUGUUAGAAGAAAGUAAAGAAGAUGGCAAAGUAAUACCAACAUCUGAUCUUUCUUUGGCAUAUUUCAUGUCAACUAGAUAGUUUGAUUUCAAGUUACCAGGUGGAGGUGGGACUUUCCUCAGGCUACCUGCCUGUUCAAGUAGAUCUUCCAGGGACCAAGAGUAGGUCUCAUUUUCAUUCUUCUUUCUUUUUUUUAAAUAUUUUAUUGUGUUUUAGAUGAAAGUUUACACAGCAAAUUAGAUUCCUGUUCAACAAUUUAUACACAAAUUGUUCUGUGACAUUGGUUAUAAUCCCCGUAAUAUGUCAACACUCUCACCAUUUCCAUUCCACCUUCCCUGUUUCUAUCCAUUCAGUUUCCCUGUCCUUCCUUACCUUCUCAUCUUUGCUUUUGGGUAAAUGCUGUUUGGUCUUGUAUGGUUGAUUGUUUAAAGGGGCACAUUCCUCAUUGUUGUUAUUGUUUAUUUUAUAAGCUAAUCUAUUACUUGGCUGAAAGAUGACUUCUGGGAGUGGCUUCAGUUCCAGGUUAAAAGAGUAUCUUAGUGCAAUAGUUUCAGGGAUUCCUCUAGUCUCUAUCAGCCCAGUAAGUCUGGUCUUUUUUAGGAAUUCGAGUUUUGUUGUACAUUUUUCUCCCAUUCUAACCAGGACCUUCUCUUGUGUCCCUGGUCAGAAUGGUCAGUAGCGGUGGCUGGGCACCAUCUAGUUCUUCUGGUCUUAGGCUAGAAGAGGCUGUGGUUUGUGUGGGCCAUGAGCCCUGUGGACUAAUUUCUUCCUUGAGUCUUUGGUUUCCUUCACUCUCCUUUGCUCCAGACAGGAAGCAUUUUCAUUGUAUCUCACUGGAGAUGAGGCACUCAGAGGGAAGCAUAUCUCUGGAGAAAUAACAGCAGCUGCUAUGCAGUUUAUGGGUUCAAAUCAGGGUUCUAGCCAAUAACUUACUAUUCAGUUGUAAUCCCUCAGUUUGGACUUGUUUUCAUUCUACUUAAAAUCUUCUCCUGUGCUUCUUUGAAAAGAGAUUUAUAUGUACAGUGGCUUAGGCUUUUCAAUGCCCCAGAUCUCAAUUGCAAGUAAGAUAUUCUACCUCAGUGUGUUCACCUGGGGAAGGAUUUUACUAGAUAAAUAAAGCAGUUAGUCACCUUUUCUUCAGAAUAAAUACAAAGAUACUCAGCCUUUUGUCAUUUCUCCUCAUUUGCCAAAGGAAAUGAUGUGUUCACUCCCCUGACUUGUUGCUUUGGGUUCAGGGGAGGCAAAAUGUUCUCAGCAGGAGGAAAUGUAUCACUUACUCGGGAAGAAAGCUUCUAAGUUGAGGCUUCUGGAUUUAACUUUGUUGACUGGAGCAGGCAGUAUGUCUCUAACUAUAAAACUGUGUAAAUUUACAUGCUCCUAAGGAAUGAAAAACUGAAUCAGUGUCCCAGACCCUGACACAGAGAGGUGACCACUGAAGUGAGACAGUCACCAUCAGGGGGAAAAAAAAGACUUUAGGCUUCGAUUAUGUAAUGAACUUGUAACCACCCGAAUACCACCACAUCAUCAAGCUGCUAAGAACUUGCAUAACAAGUCUUCAUGUGAGCAUGUUUUCAUAUGUCUUGAGGAAAUACCUAAGAGUGGAAUUGCUGCAUCAUAUGGUAAGUGCAUGUUUGACUUUAUAAGAAACUGCUAAACUUUCCAAAGUGGUUCUACCAUUUUACAUUCCCACCAGCAGUUUAUGAGAGUUCCAGUUCCUCCACAUCUUUACCAACACUACUGGGUAUGUGAUGGCAUCGUAUUGUCAUUUUAAUUUUCAUUUCUCUGAUAGCUAACGGUGUUAAAUGUCUUUUCGUGUGCUUACUGGCUAAUUGAAUAUCUUCUUCUGUGAACUGCCUAUUCACAUCUGUGGUAGGCUGAAGGAUGGCUCCCCAAAGGUAUCAGGUGCUAAUCCCUGGAACCUGUAAAUAUUACCUUGUUUAAAAAAAAAAAAAAAAUGUGUGUGAUUAAG